AUGCCACGAAGAUCGCAAUGUGUUUUCGGCUGUCAACAAUUCGAUGUUUUACAUCGGUUCCCUAUACCAGAGACAUCUUUAGAACGGUUUCUGCAAUGGAAAGACAUAGUGGGACCAAAGUUGCAGAACAAGACCAAUGAUGAUAUAUAUACAAAUUAUCGUAUAUGUAAUCAUCAUUUUGAAGGACACCACUGUUACCCACAUAGUAAACGUCUAGCUAAGACUGCUUAUCCUACUCUUAAAUUGGGUUCAUCUGCUUCUUCUAGUCAAGACGUAUCCAUAGAAAUUCAACUGUUACCGCAACCCCUACCUGAAUCUAUGGAUAUUCACUCAGUGCCACAAACUUUACCCGGAUGUUCAGCCCAUGUUUCUAAUCUUGACCUGAUGAACAAAACUGGUAUAUUGGAAGAAACAUCACAAAAAAGUCCAUCAGCUCCAUCACACAUAGAAGUUCGUGGUACAGAAGACAUUGACAGAUCCCAUUUAGACACACAUGCAAUAAUUGAAAUGUCCAGAGGGUGUGCUACAGAAUCAGAUUUAGAUAUUGGAAAUGUCAGAUGCAAAACAUUUACUGAGACUGUCAGCGAAGAUAAUAAGCAUAAAUUGACAGUGCUCAUGCACAACGAAACAGAUGGCACACCAGCUGAAAACCCUCAACCUAGAAAGCAAGUACUUCAAUUGCGUUUAAUAGGUGAUGAUGGUUUUUGUGAUGAACCAAUAUAUGAAGUUCUGACGGAUGAUGAAACUGAAAAGGCAGUGGACAAGAAACAAACAGCGACACAGACUGCUGCACAAAAUUUACCUGCAAAGGAUGUUCAAUAUGCGCCACCAGUUAUAGCAGCCGAGGAACAGAAAACAGAACAGGAAACAGAAUCAACAUGUAGAAAGGUUAAAAAUAAGGAAUACUGGAAGUUAAAGCUGAAGCAUAUCCUCCACAACACGCAGUUCUGUGGAAUCUGUUUGGAGGCUGACGUCGACAUGAACGCCCUCACCGAUGAGUUUGAGAUCACUGAUGAUGAAAGGACUUACAGGAGAUCUCUAAGAGAUAUUGUAGAUAAGCUUUUUAGAGAGUGUGGAUAUUGCCCAGCUAACUCACAAAUAUGCAACAAUUGUACAAAGAAACUAAUUCAGUCCUAUAUAUUUAUACACAAUGCUGAAGAGACAUCGAAAAUGCUGGAUCGUCACUUGGAUGAACUGUAUACUAAAACUUGCUAUGUACGAAACAAUUCUCUGAAAGAUGCCAACAAUGCACAUUCAAGGAUAUACAACGUUGUUAUUGCAUUAGACAAUAAAGAGAUUGCCGAGAACUUUGAAAGUAAUCAAAUUAAAAUAGAACUACCAGAAAAGCCAGAGUCACACCAAAAUCAAAAUGAACGGAUACGUGACAAAAGAAAGCUAAGAACUGUGCAGGAUGGUGAACUGUUGCAACAUUUGAAAACGCGCCACAAACACUCGAUACACUUAUGUACGACAUGUAAUGUCGCAUUUUACUCCGCCAAGGCUCUAGGAAGACAUAUAAAGGAAUGUCAUCGUGGAGAGGAUUCUAAAUGUGUGACGUGUCUGCAGAGUUUGACGCAAGUAGAGUUGGAGCGGCACCAGUGCAGGUUCAAGUGUCCGGAGUGUGAGGAGGCGCCUUGUAUCCAUCACCGGCAUCUGAUGUGGUACAGAGAGCAGAUGGCGAACCUCGCCCCCAGAGCCAAGUGUGCGGAGUGUCGCUACGUGUGUACAAGUAAGGACGCGCUCGUCGCGCACGUCAACAGACAACAUUUGAGUCUCCAGCCUCACCGCUGUGCCAGCUGCGGACACGAGUUCUAUUGUGAGUCUCAUUUAAAUAAACAUAUUUGUACACCUGAGAAAGUCAACGAAGACCUCCACAUUUGUCAAUAUUGUGAUAAAGCAUUUAGCAGUUUGUAUAUUUGCAAAAGACAUGAAAAAGGGUGUGCAGGCGUUCAAAGGAAGUAUCAGUGCGAUGAUUGUCCAGCUAAUUUUGAUUCCUCAAAAGAUCACAUGAAACAUAGAAAACUUAAGCACGGUAAAGAGGUCUUCACAUGCAGUUUGUGUGACAGAGUAUUUUUAAACGACCUGAAGAGGACAAGACAUGAGCGGCAAGCCCACGGCCAACAGCAAGAAAGGGCACGCUUUGUUUGUGUGGUUUGCCAAACUGAGUUCUCGUCGAAGGCGGCCUUGGAACUACACAUGAGAUACCAUGAACCUGAAGCAAAGUGUCAGCUUGAUACUUUGGGACAGUUCAAGAGUCAUAAACACAGACACAGACGUGCGUUGACGGUGUGCGAAGUUUGUGGCGUAGUGAUAAGUAGGAUUCUGUUCAAAAAACACAUGAUUGCCCAUUCUAUGGCGACAGUGUCGUGUAAAACGUGCGGCAAAUCCUUCCAGAACUUGACUCUACUGAGAUAUCAUCAGAGUGUGCACGUGAAGAGCGUGCCGUGUCCUAGAUGUAAGAAAGUGAUCAGUUCUGCAAAGUUAUGGAGACACUUCAGGAAUCACCUCAUUCGAGACUCUCUAGAUUUCAAAGUUACUGCAAUACAUGGUCUAUGA